ACACUUCAGUUGCGAGUGUUUUCCCGGCUAUAGUGGCAGGAAGUGCUCGGAGGGUGAGAAAUCGCUGUGCUAUAACGACGGAAGCUCCGUCUGCAAAAACGGCGGUACUUGCAUGCAUAUAGGAGUAUCGACUGUGGUGUGCUCUUGUCAACCGGGAUUCACCGGCUCUAAUUGCGAAAUUUUAAUGACGCAAGAGCCGAACAACGCAAGAGGACUCGACGUCUUCAAAUCGUGUCCUUACGAUGGGACAUUGGAAAAUGCGUGCGACUGCCCGAGGACUCUAAAAAACGACACUUCGGAUCUAAUUGGCUACACCGCCGACCUCUUCAUCUCGAACGUAACCACCAGAUCCUUCGACGAGAGCGAAGUCAAGAUUGCACUCGAACAAUAUAUAUCCGGAUUGCUUCCAAGGAGCGUUCAUCCGGUGCAGAUUCCGUAUUUGAAGUGUGGAAGUGAAGGUAUCGAUUUAACAAUUCGUUUUUAUGCGCCGAAGAGUAACGAGCGUCUGAAGAACAUCUUAAAUAAUUGGAAUAUGUCGGGAAAGAUCGGUAACAUAACUUUGCUGGACAAAGAGUUAUUUUUCAAGCGUGAUCCUUACCUCGAUUUGCAAAGCGUGAGUAUAAAUCAUGAAAUUUUAGAAGAAAACGAUGAGUUUAUACUGUCUUGCGUGGCGCGCGGUUCGAGAAACAUGAUUUUCCGAUGGUUCAAAGAUGGGAUGCUUUUGAACACGGACUGGACGCACGGCAACAAAUGGACGAAGUUGAUUGAUGAAGGCAAGGAGAAGUACUCGGCGCUGCUGGGAAUUGUUAGGGCCACGAGAGCGGAUAGCGGCGUCUUCACGUGCCAAGUGGAAGACUACGGUAUGCAGCAGUGCAUCUCAAGAUUCGUCUCCAUCAAGUUCAAACCUAGUAUUCUUCUACGACCUAUGACACUCACAGUAUCAAAAGGUCAACCGUUCUCCAUAAAAUGUGGAUCCAAGUACAACAAUUACAUAUAUUCUUGGACGAAGGAUAAGAUGCUUUUGCCGAGGAAAACUGAGACUGAACGCUAUGAUGUACUCUACGUUGGCGGAAGUCUUCUGCGAUCAUCUGGAAUAAACAAGAGUGCAACUUACUCCUGUCUAGUUCAAGAUGGAAAGCUAUUUUCGGAAUCAUCUAUAGUCGUUCAUGUAAUUGACAAGAGCGUGAUAAGUCCUUGUUCUGUAGAGAUGAGUGAUGGAUUGCUGUGGCCCGAGACAGCACCAGGAACUGAACAUAAGCAGCUUUGCCCGAAGACCUACAUGGGAGUGGUGAGCAGAAGCUGCAACAUCUUGGAGACGGGAAGAUCCUGGUUACCACCAGAAUACUCCAACUGUACAUCGGAUCAUCUUCUGUCCACCAAGAUCGAUUUUCAGUUUCUGCGCGCCGGAUACGAACGUAUCAGCCCUCUGGAAGCACUAAACAACGUCGCCAAUUACGUGGCAAACAGAACUUUACUUCGCGGCGAGGGCUACGUGAUCCUGGAUUUGAUAGGAAACAUCUGGCACCUCUACAACAGUUCGACAGCCUCUCACGCAGAAUCCAAGGACAUCGCAGCAGUUAUCUUCGAAAUCGUGGAUUGCCUUUUAAACCAAAAAGACUCCUUCAAUAAGGAAGAACAAGUGCUACUGCUGCAAAAUCUGAUGAAAGAAGUAUUGAAAUCGCAGACGGAAACGACGAGGAAGAGUUACAGGAACCUGGACAUUGUGGUGGAUCAUUUCGGAGCGGAUUACGUAACCGAAGUGAUCUACAGGAAUUUAAGCGAGUUCCUACCGUCCAAAUCAGUGAUUAGGCUCAAGGAUGACCGUGAUAUUGAAUACCGGAUCAUUUCCAGCGUGAACGGCCGAUGGUUGAGCGGCGGAAGCGAUUUCGAUGUUGGUGUACGUCUGAUGAAGUUGCUCUUCAUCCACGAACCUGUGGGACGCAGUUUCGAGUGGGACAUCCGAUGCGCUCUCGCAGAGUUUGCGAGCUCGAAUUAUGCGUGGGAUACGAACCAGUGCUUCGCCAGAUCAGAGAAUUCCACUGCGACCAUCUGCAAUUGUUCCCAUCAAGGAACAAUCGCUUUACUUUUGGUCAAAGAACCCAGGAUGGAGCGGAUAGAAACAACAAAUCCAAACAACUUCAUAAUUUUAAUUGGCUGCUCUUCAGCGCUGAUCCUAACAUCCUUCUGCAGCUUAAUACUACUAUUAAAUUGGCUAUACAGGAGGUCUUCAUUCACGUUUUUAAAGCUGCAGUGCUGCGUUUCGCUCUCCGCCGUUCUGAUCAUUUUCCUAAUAGCCACGAGCAACGAUAUUCCGAAGGAUCUUUUCCUCUACACCGUCUCGUUACUUCAAGGCUUCUUCUUCAUGGCUCUUUCAUCGCAAUUGAGUACAUUGUUGGUCAUCUACACGGAACUUGUGAAUAUCCAAAAUAAGGAAGGCUUGAAGCAGACGGCCGUUGGAAUCAUGACUGGUGCUCCAUUGUUGGUAGUCUUCGGAAGUCACGUUGCUCAUCAAUCCACCGAAAUCCAGUUGAAAUUUUGGUGGAUUCUUCAAGGCAGUUUAUCAUUUAAAGUCUUCAUCAUUUGCGGUGUCAUAAUGUCCGUCCUCUUCAUCGUCCUGUUCGGUAUAGUUAUGCGGAUGAUCCAUGUCGAGACCGAGUGCAAGUCGAAUUACCUCAUGAAUAGGUCCGCCGUGAUUAAGAGAACUCUAGUAGUCUUUUACACCGUUACUUUAUUAGCCUGUCUAAGCGUCGUGUACGUGAACAAGCUGAACGAAGUGCUCUGGUAUUAUGUUUUCUCCGGAGUGUCCAUCUAUUCCGGACUCGUCCUGGGGAUUUGUCUGAUCUGGAAAUCAAAUUUCGCGCUGCGUCCUAAGCUGAAGGAUAAAUUCAAACUAAGCUUGCACCACAAUUCCACCGAGAACCAACAAUCCGAAAAAUGUGAUGAAAGCAUUAAUUGCGAAGAGGUCAUCGGUAUGGAGCAAUCUCCCAGCAUACAGCAGUACACCUCGAGCCCGACCCAGCUGAAUCCUCUGAUCAAAUCCUCUUCGUUGACAUCUCCUGAUAUACUUGGAAGCAAGAUGUUCGUCGAGCUCGACUUGGUCGCAUCCUCAUUGCAGAGCGCUCCAAGUCCGAAGAGCAAUAUAAAGAUAGCAAUUAGCAGGGCUUUCGAAGAGCCCUUGAAGGUGGCCAGUGUUUUGAGUGAUGGGAAAAUGACUACGAACGAUGAGGGAAACUGCAGAAGUCCUCAGUGCAUGGAUGCAGUCAUGGAUAGCAUCUCUCAAGACCUGAAUUACCUGCUAAAUGGUGAUGGAUCGCAGCUGCAAUUCACUGCUCAGCAGAAGCGGGAUUUCUUCGAUGACAUUAUCAAGUGUUGAUUGAACUAGAACAAAACAAUCUCAGGCAACCUUGUACAUAAAUUUAAAUGUUUUAAAAGAAGAAAAAAAAAAUAAGUAUGUAAUAUUGUAAUGACACCUGUAGUUUACGUUUUUGA